CUAACCAUUAUCUUAUCUUCCCAACUAAUAAAAAUGAAAUCACAAUUACUAGUACUUUUCUAGAACAUCUUUCUACUUUAAAUUUGAUCCAAGCAAAUGAAAAUCUACGUUUACUUGGAUUAGUUCAAUAUUCGUAGAUUUUGUUUUGCUUAGAAAAUCAUAAUCUCUUAGAAUAUUUUCCGUAGUAAUUGUCAAUUGAACCAAUUUUGGGUUUUCUCCCAUUUUUCUGCCAAUUAUUUGUAAAAAUUCGAUUUUUGGAGGAUAUGGGGUCGUAUUUCGAUAGGUGGGAGAAAGAUCCGUUUUUUUCUGCUGCAGAAGAGGUUCAAGAAUCUGCUGAUAGGAUGGAGUCAACUUAUAGAACAUGGAUUCAUGCAUUGAAGGAUACUUCUGGUCGUUGGAAUUCGGAUGAGCUAUGCAGAGACCUAAGGACUACCCUUGGCACUGCUAAAUGGCAGUUGGAGGAAUUUGAACGGGCAGUUAGUUCGAGCUAUGAUAAUGCUUCAACUGAUGAUGCUAAAGAAAGGCACCGUGAGUUUGUUAUUGCAAUAGACAAUCAAAUUAAGAAAGUAGAGAAGAGUCUAAAUGAAUCAGCUACUUCACAAGGAGAUCAAUGGGUGCGCUUAGAUGAGAGGGAACUCAAUGAACUGGCUGCGUUUCUCUCAGGACCGCCGGCCUCUUCCUCUUUUGCAGAGAAAAACUCUGUAAAAGUUCAUGAAGCAGAGCAGAAACCAGCAUUGUGGGAAGAGGAUUGUAAGCAAGGAAUGCCAGAGUAUUCAAAGAGUUCGUCUCAUUUAGUGGACGCGGGUCACAUUGAGGAUGAGAAGUUCUCAGGGCACAGGAAGACAGCAAGUGCUUGUGCUGACGUUGGUGCUUGGAAGAUCGCAGUUGCUGAUGACAUUUACGGCAAACAACCUGCACCAUCCACUCGCAAGAUCCCCAGUAUUCAAGGGCUGUUGAAUUGCAUGGAAUCUGCAACGAAGUUGAAGUGGUCGAAGAAUGGUUACAGGAAGUUGAAAUUCAAUCCCGAUGAUGACCAAGAAGCUGAUAGUACAUUGCCGCAGUCUCAGCCAUUGACAAGGGGCAUCAACACAUGUUAUGAGAGGAGUAAGAUUUGCCUUGAUGGAUGCGAUGAAAAUUAUGAGAAGCAACUCAAUGGUUGGUAUGGAGCAGUGCAACGACAGCUGCAACGGUCUCAGUAUUAUAUGAAAUAUAAUCGACCUGUUCAAAUGCUUUCUUCUGUGGUUCUUCUAAUUUUCUUGAUUGUUCUAUUAGCAUUCCAUAUUUGAGUGAUGAGCCUUUGUUCCUGCAAAAGAAGAAAGUGUGUAGGGUUGAAAAGAUCAAGGAACAAUUGCCUAUCAGCUGUUUUGGCAAGGUAGGUGAUUUUUCGAGUCAUAUGAAGCUGAAGCUGAUUGCACAAGAAUUGUCGCCAUAAUACCUUAACCUCUGUCCUCCCCGUUUAGGUUCCAUUGGUGGUGGCUAAAUGCUGUUGUAAUAUAAGAUGAAUCCUGUGGACUGCAGAUAAUGUUGUUCCAAUCUUGCAUCCACAGAAAUGAACCAUUUCAGGUCUAUUUGACCUGCUAAAUCUUGUAUAGUGUGCAAAUGCUCAUGAUUUUACUUGUUAGUCUAAGCUUCCGCUUCUUUUUCUUGUC